AGGGGGCGGGUGGGGGAAGCAGCGGCAGCAAGCACCCGGAGGCGAGGCUCGCGCGCCCGCCCCCGCCCUGGCCCCAGCGCCCACCCGGUCGGCCCGGCCCAGCCAUGAUCAAGGCCAUCCUCAUUUUCAACAACCACGGGAAGCCGCGGCUCUCCAAGUUCUAUCAGCCCUAUAGUGAAGAUACACAACAGCAAAUCAUCAGGGAGACUUUUCACUUGGUGUCCAAGCGCGACGAGAAUGUUUGUAACUUCCUAGAAGGAGGGCUAUUAAUUGGAGGAUCUGACAACAAACUGAUUUAUAGACAUUAUGCAACACUAUAUUUUGUCUUCUGUGUGGAUUCCUCAGAAAGUGAACUUGGCAUUUUAGAUCUAAUACAAGUAUUUGUGGAAACAUUAGACAAAUGUUUUGAAAAUGUCUGUGAACUGGAUUUAAUAUUCCAUGUAGACAAGGUUCACAAUAUUCUUGCAGAAAUGGUGAUGGGGGGGAUGGUGCUGGAGACCAACAUGAAUGAGAUUGUUACACAGAUCGAUGCACAGAAUAAACUGGAGAAAUCUGAGGCUGGCUUAGCGGGAGCUCCAGCCCGUGCUGUAUCAGCUGUAAAGAAUAUGAAUCUUCCUGAAAUCCCAAGAAAUAUUAACAUUGGUGACAUCAGUAUAAAAGUGCCAAACCUGCCCUCUUUUAAAUAAAAUAUUAAAAAGGCCACUCCCAGGUAAAACCCAGAGGGAAAGUCAUCUAAGUUUACCAUGCAGUUGUUUACCAAAAAUAGAGGAGGAGAGUCUUAACUUUGCUCUUGGAUUUAAGUCAAGGUACUGUAUAGACGCUGCAAAAAGUCAGUGUGGAAGUUAAAUGUUGCUUUUCUUGCUCAGUGAUUUUAAAGAAAUUGAGUAGUUCCAGUGUGGUUUUUUUUUUUCUUUUCUUAAUUGCAUUCCUAUGCCCAU